CCACCACAAAAAAUAGCCAUGACAUGCUUUCUAAAACAAGUGUCUAACAGAUUAUAAACAAGUGAGUUUCAGCUUUUGUCAUUAGACCAAUUCAAAUCCAAAUGGCAUCCCAAGAAUCUCAGUUUCACUUCGUUCUGUUUCCUCUCAUGUCCCCAGGCCACUUGCUCCCAAUGACAGACCUUGCAACAAUAUUGGCACAGAAUAACGCGAUUGUUACUGUAGUCACCACCGUACAUAACGCUUCUCGUUUAUCAGAAACCUUUUCCCGUGCUUCCGACUCAGGCCUCAACCUCCGAUUGGUUCAACUCGAAUUUCCAUCCCAUGAUGCUGGAUUUCCAGAAGGGUGUGAGAAUUUUGACAUGCUGCCUUCUAUGGGCAUGGGUUUGAAUUUCUUCCUUGCCGCAAACACCAUUCUACACGAACCGGCUGAGAAAGUGUUUGAACAGUUGACACCGAAACCAAACUGCAUAAUCUCUGACGUGGGUUUAACAUACACAGCCGACAUCGCCACCAAAUUCAACGUCCCCAGAAUAUCUUUCUACGGCGUUAGUGGUUUCUGUCUCUGGUGGCAGCAAAAGCUGGUCACUUCUAAGGUUUUUGAUACCAUAGCCACAGAUUCAGAGUACUUUUCCAUACCUGACAUCCCUGACAAAGUUGAGAUCACAAAAGCACAGACGGCAAGACCUAUGCACGAAAACUGGAGCGAGUUUGUUGGAAAAAUGGCCGCAGCAGAAGCGGUUACUUAUGGGGUGGUCGUGAAUUCUUUUGAGGAGUUGGAACAAGCAUAUGCAGGGGAUUUCAAGAAGGCCAGAAACAAUAAAGUGUGGUUUGUUGGGCCCGUUUCACUUAGAAACAGGAAUGAUUUGGAUAAGGCUCAGAGAGGGAACAGCAACAACACAUCAAGUGAUGCUCAUAGUUGCAUGAUGUGGCUUGACUUACAAAAACCAAAUUCAGUCAUUUACGUGUGCCUUGGGAGCAUAUGCAAUUUAACUCCGUCGCAGUUGAUAGAGCUUGGUAUGGCCUUAGAAGCAUCCAAAAUACCGUUCAUUUGGGUCAUCAGGGAAAGGAAUCAAACAGAAGAGUUGAUGAAGUGGAUUAAGGAAUCAGGGUUUGAGGAAAGGACCAAGGGGGUAGGUCUAAUGCUUCUGGGUUGGUCUCCUCAGGUACUAAUACUAUCACACCCUGCAAUUGGAGGGUUCAUGACACACUGCGGUUGGAACUCAACCCUAGAAGCAAUAUCCGCUGGCGUGCCAAUGCUUACGUGGCCAUUGUUUGGGGACCAAUUCUUCAAUGAGAGGUUUGUUGUGAACAUUAUAAGAAUUGGUGUACGCGUUGGGGUGGAAACUCCGGUGCUCUGGGGUGAUGAAGAGAAAACUGGGGUAUUGGUGAAGAAGGAAGAUGUAGUGAGGGCUAUAGAGAAGUUAAUGGAUGAGGGAAGUGAAAGUGAAGAGAGAAGAAAAAGGGUCAGAGAGCUUGCAGAGAUGGCUAAGACAGCUGUAGAAGGAGGCUCCUCUCACUUCAAUGUCACCCAGCUAAUCCAAGACAUCAUGCAACACUCCCACAAAAACUAAUCUUCGGUUAUCAAUAGCAUAUAAGGUUCACCAAAUAUAUGUACGCAAUGUCUCAAUAAACCAAGAUGAAAGAAAGGGAAAUGCCAGAGAAGAAAAUGCAAAGGUGCAUUUGUAGUAUUUCACCUAGUUGACCUAAACUUCUUCCAUAUCAUAUUAAUCAUGUAGAGCAUAUUUAAAUGCACAUUAUUAUUGCCGACAAUAUCAAAACAAACAACAAAAUUAUAUAAUAGGAGUUUGUAUUCCUGACUUGAAAUCUACGAGCUUCAAAUUGUGGCUUAAUCAAAGUCACUAAUGCUGCAUUUUCCUUCAUGAUAUUGACCACAGCAGGCAUGAACUAUUAAAAGAACAAAAAAAAAAAAAAGAUGCAGUGAAUCAAGAAGGCUAAUCAUAUCAGUAAUUCUCAGUUCAGCAAAAUAAUCUCCAAUGUCUCCUCUUAUUCUUCUGUGGUUGCUUACAAAGGAUGACCGACCACUUAAUAAUCAAUAGACAUA